AAAGUGGAGUAUGUCUUUAACUGGUAAAGUCCCAAGCCUUUUACAAGUGAGUGACUAUCCUAAUCUGUAAUAUACUGUUAAAGGCAGCAGAUGAGUAAAAAUAUAAGUCAAUUCCAUGGUUUAAGAGGUAGUUCAACUGAAAAAGAUGAUCAAUUUUCAUCUUCAUUUACUAACCCUUAAGUUUCUUCUCUGGAACACAAAAUACGUUUUUUUUUUAAAAGCGUUGGGGCCCAAACAACAUUGGACUCCACUGACAUUCCCUGAAGAAAAACUAACAUUUGUAGGUGAAAAUUAGGUACUGGUAAAACAUCUACUAUAACAAAUUAUUAUCGAUAACUAGAUAUGGUGAAAAAAGUUUUUGCUGCCAGAUGGUGUAGUUACAAUAUUCACCAGCAGGGGCUAACUGUCAUAUGCUAACCUUGAUCCAAUGAAACGAGUCCAAUGAGUCAGUAAUGUAUGCACUACUAUCAUCACCAAAUAAAACUGGAUAAACAACUGUUAUCUCUCGGCGGAACUCACGUCAGUGCUGUUGAGUGGGGCUAGUUGUUGGGAUGCUCAAAAAAAAGGUGAUCUUUUAAUAGCGCCACAGUAUUUACAUCUUUCAAAGGGAUAGGGGAAAGUAUUGUAGCAUUCAAAACAGCACAUAUCACCUUUAGCUAAUGCUGCAGGACUGAAUGGCUUUGUACACGUAAGCGCAAGAUGCUGUAAGGAGGUGCUCAGGCAGAUGUGUAUUAGCUAAUGUUGUCUGGGUUGGGCAGGGCUAAUAGACAGACCAUAACACUAUGACAUCAUCAAGAGAGUGGGGGCAAGCUGGGCUGAGAGAGAGAGAGAGAGAGGGAAUGAAGAAGAGAGGGAGGGAUUAAGCAAGCCACAGUAAGGGACAGAGAAACUGUCAGAAAGCAGAGAGAGAGAGAGAGAGAGGACGCAGGGCUAGACUGAGUCCACAGUCCACACAGAACCUUGUGGAUUUCUCCUUUUCUUCCAUCUUUCCUUUUCCCUUUCCCUUGCCAUCCCCCCUUCCCCUCCCUCUUCCCCCCACUGUCCUCUCCGCUCUGGACCGCUCCUCCGGGCAUGCUACUUAAGCCCAAGUAUGGCCGCUUCCGGAACGACUCUGUGACCUCCUCCGAAGACCUGAUGCAGAGCCUAGCCAUGAGCGGGAAGAUGGUGGCCACGUCGGUGGCCUCCUCGUCCGCGCCUGGCUUGGAGCUGCCGCCCCUGGAGACCGCUGCCCUUCCUCCGCCUUCGGCCCAAGUUCUGGCCGACUCACCCGGGCUGGACGCCGAGCAGGACGGGACCACCACCUUCUGCAUGCUCAUUCCCAAGAUGCCCCAAUGGAAGUUUUCCAACUCGUUGCUCAGCCGUAGCCCGUCCAAUAGCAGCUCCGGCUCCAAUUCCGGCAAGGAAUCCAGCAGGGCGCCUCCAACCGAUAGUUCCCCUGCUACGGCUUUUGGUGGGGCGACCGCCCCCAGUGGUCCUGUGGCAAGUCUUGCAGCUGUGUUCAACUCUUGUGACCCUGUUUGUAUGGGUCCCUGUUCCCUACAGGCCGCCAGGAGGCAGAGGGCAAGUCCAAGAGAGUCCAGUGCAGGGGCCACCGAGGGGAGUCCGGGUGGAUCUGGGAGCUUCAGGACCGGGAUGAACCGGAGGAACAGGGUGGAGGGAAUAUGGCUGGGAGAUAACUUUACCCAGAAGGGCAGCUUCAUCAAUAAGCCCUCGCAGGGUUGGUUGCACCCAGACGUAAAGAUCAGCAGCACAGGAGCAUCGUACAUUGUCAGGUACAUGGGGUGCAUUGAGGUUCUAAAAUCGAUGAGAUCUUUGGACUUCAGCACAAGGACACACGUCACCAGGGAGGCCAUCAACAGGUUGUGUGAAGUUGUACCCGGAGGAAAAGCUGCCUGGAAGAAGAAAACCACCAACAAAACCCUCCAGUCUAUCAUGGGGAAGAGUAACCUACGUUUCGCUGGAAUGAGCAUCGGUGUCAACAUCUCCAUUGAUGGCUUGAGUCUACUCGUCCCCACCACACGACAGGUGAUUGCCCAUCACCCCAUGCAGUCCAUAUCUUUCGCCUCUGGUGGAGAUUCGGAUACACCCGAUUACGUCGCCUAUGUGGCCAAAGACCCUGUCAAUCAAAGAGCGUGUCACAUCCUGGAGUGCGGUGAAGGUCUUGCCCAGAAUGUGAUCAGUACCAUCGGCCAGGCCUUCGAACUGCAGUUCAAACAGUACCUACACAGCCCACCCAAAGCCAUUACCACCAUGGAUAAGACUAUACGAACAGAGGAGUCAGCGUGGGGGGAGGACGAGGAAUCGUCUGAGCAUGAUUACUACAACAGCAUCCCAGGGAAGGAGCCUCCUGUUGGGGGAGUGGUGGACUCUAGGCUCAGGCCUCCUGCGGGCCUACUGGGUCACGUCCACACACAACCACAGAGCAAAACCGCUCAGAUGGGGUCACCAGCCAAAAGAGAUGCUUGCAGCCUCCCUGCCGCCCACUUGUGUUAUGAAGUGCACUGGGACACGGAGAACAGCAGCUCAAGUUUGACUUCCGAUGGUUAUCUGCGAGCAGACGGUCAUCCUCAGGGCAGCCGCGAUUAUGAGGAACACCUGUACGUUAACACGCAGAAUCUGGACAACAUGGAGGCUUCAAUGGACGCCCAAAGAGGACGCAGACCCGAGAGCCCGAAGAAAGACAUUUUUGAUAUGAGGCCGUUUGAGGAUGCCCUGCGUCUGCAUGAGGCCAGUGGAGUUUGCGUACUGGAGGACAAGUGGCCGAGUCCCCCACGGCGCCGGGCCCCCGUCGCACCCACAGAGGACCAGCUCCGGCGGGAGAUGUGGUACCACGGACGGAUGAGCCGCAGGGACGCAGAGAAUCUGUUGGGCCGAGACGGGGAUUUCCUGGUGCGGGACAGCGCCACUAACCCAGGCCAAUAUGUCCUGACUGGGAUGCAGUGUGGGCUUCCCAAACAUCUGCUGCUGGUGGAUCCAGAAGGAGUGGUUCGGACUAAAGACAUGCUUUUUGAGAGCAUCAGUCACCUGAUCAACUACCACCUGACAAACAAGCUGCCAAUCGUUGCUGCGGAGAGCGAGUUACACCUCCAGCAGGUGGUCUGCAGAAAGCACUGACCUCCAUUUGAAGCCCAUAUACAUGGGUUAAAGGCCAUCCCCUGUGCCGCCAAUCUAAAGGCCUCACACUUGCCUUAAACACAGACUGUGAGCUUCCACUGGGACUUGUGGGAUAUCCUUGUUCCUUCGGCACUGACCGCAAACAGCUUUCAGCAUGCCCUGUUAAAUCGACCCCUUCUUCAACUGAGAGUUUGGCGUUGGGAAAUAAAGUGCUUGUGAACAUUGAGUUUCCCAGCAGACUGUUCUGACAGAAAUGUGAACUUAUGAGAAACACACGAGACCAACCGUCUUAUUCCCUUCCUUUUCAUCUGUGCAAGCGUUUGUCGUCCUUUCUAAAUGUAUUCGGUAACUGGUCACCUCUGAAACUCUGGACAUCAGUGUGUUGUUGUGCUUACCAACAGUUUGCUCUCAGGAUGCAGUAUUUGUUAAGGACGUUAUGUAAAGCUCAGUCGCUCUAAUGCAGUCGUAUCAAAUGCACAUGUUUAAUUUAUGAACUCAGGACCAAACGUUUGGGUCACGCUCAUGUGAUAUUGCCCUUUUUUUAAACGAUGGAUUAUACUUCACAAUUACGCAUAUUCCAUUUCCUUUUUGUGUUUAGACACAUCAUCAAAUGCCCACAAUGCAUUCAGUUGUGAAGAGCAUCUGAUUGACCACAUCUCACAUCAUUGUGGGUUUGGUAUUUAAAUAACACAAAGAGCAGAGCUGCUAACGCUAGCUAAAUAACUACUGAAUGCACCUCAUGUUAAAAAAAAUGUUUGUUUAUCUUGACACAAAAGUCAUCCACAAGCUUUUUUCCAUACAUUCCUAUACAUAUUUUGUAAUGUCAAGAAAAAAAAACGUCGUAUUUCAACCUAAAAGCUGCUUUCUGGAGAAAUGUAGUCGACAACCUGCCUUUAUAAAUGUCCAAAUAUUCUUGUUAUAUAUAAAAAGUGUUUGGCUCACUACAGUG